GUGUGUGUGUGUGUGUGUGUGUGUGUGUGUCUCCAUCCAUCGAUCGAUCUACUGUCGUUGAUGUUCUGUGGCCCGACUCUGGCCACUUCCGCUGUCACCAACGUGGACUCUGAUUGGCCGGUUCGACGUGCGGCACCUGCCUGUCGUCCUGACGGGUGCGACCUCCUGAGAGAGAAAGUGGCAGCUCUGGAAAACGAAGUGAAGCAGAGCAGACAACAGAUCGAAGAGCUGAGAAGCAAAGGUUCAGUGAAGACUUUGUUCAAGCUCUUCAGGGUUUGAGUUUGACAUUUGAAGUGUGAAGGUGCUACAUGCCGUGUGCUUGAGUCCACGUUGGGGUCAUUUAUCAAAAAUAAAAAAGGAGCGUUGUUAUUGACAGUUUCUUCUGUUGCGUCCACAGAACAAAGUCCUGUGAUGUUCAGUGCAGCGAUGGACGGAGUGAACCACGAUGGACCGUUCCACACAGACACAACAUUAAUCUACAGCAAGUUGUUCACCGCCUACAAUCAGUUCACAGGAAUCUUCACUGCGCCUGUCUCCGGCGUUUACUACUUCCCCUUGUUUUAUCACGCUGGAGGAGAUCGUGCAGCCGACCUGAUGCUCUUCAAGAACAACGAGCUGGUGUUGACGACCUCCGAUCACAGAACGACACACGACGGGGCGGAUAACGGAGGCAACGCCGCGCUGCUCCAGCUGCAGCAGGGCGACCAGAUGUUCGUGGGCAUGAAGGCAAAUACACACGUCUGGCAAACAUUACGCUUGACCCCCUUCAGUGGGUUCUGCUCCAUAGAGGUCAGAGGUCGAGGAGAGCACGGGAACAAGUGACUUUUAUCAUUUGUUUCUGCUCUUGUAUUAAAAACAAUACUUAGAAGCAAAUGGCGUUUGUUGCUGUUGGUAUCAAAUAUAUUACAGUGUGUGUGUGUGUGUGUGUGUGUGUGUGUGUGUAACCCUCUUCAUCUUCAUCAUCAACAUCAAACCCUAAUGUUCCGCUUCUACAGGCUGAAUUAUCAUUUCCAUCUCUUACCAUUGUUUUCCUGUUGGGACUAAACCGUGCUCGAUGAAAUUCAUUUGAUUCAUACGAUAUUCCAUGACAUCACACAGGAAACACACACCUUCCAAAUGUGUUUGAUUGUGGAGUGAAGGAGAAGCACUGGAAUAUGAAAUAUGAAUAUAAAGACAGAGUUUUUAUUGGCUGAUGAAAAGAUGAUUUAUGGACUAAAUGGCUUCAUUAAAACAACAGUGAUAAUGAUAAUAUAUAAUAAUGAUAAUAAUAAUAACGCCGCGCUGAUCCAGCUGCAGCACGCGACCAGCUGUUCGUCAUGGAUGCACAUGCGGACGUUUGGUGGGUUCCUGCUCAGCAGAGGUUGAACAUGUGAUCACGUCAUUGACAAGAUGCUUUGUUAGGUCGUUGUUCUCUGCUGUAAUCAGCAUUACAACUCUCCUCUGCUCCAAUGAGUUCCUGUGUUUAAUGUCAUUUGAUCACAUUUUUCAAAUCUGAUUGUAAUCAUCACGUUUUGAGUCUCAUGUUCAUGGUUGUCUCUUUGAAAAGCUCAGUGUUGAAGACAUGUUCUUUAAACACACAUCACGACAUAACAUGAGUACAUAUGAUGAUGAUGAUGGAUGAUGGAUGGAUGAUUGAUAAUGAUAAUCGAUGAUUGAUGGGUGAUUGAUGGAUGAUGGAUGAUGGAUGGAU